CAGCGCAAACCAGCAAUUGGUGCCAGCCCAUUUCGGAGAGGGAAGAUCUCUGAACACAGCACCUGAGAUGCUCCGGGACAUCCAAGCCUCUUGUGUUUGCUAAACAACCUGUGGCAGACACUGGAGGUUGGCCCGAAAUGACCAGGGCACCACGGUCCUAGGACGAACUUGGACUUGCCAAAAAUCUCCAGCAGGGACAGCCCCCACCAUCACGGCCCCGUGAGCAAAACAGCCCCAGCUUGGUUAACUUACAGGAAACCAGCUGCAGGUCCUGGUAGACCAAGCUGUGGGCAGUUGGAGGUUGUUCCAGUUGGGAGGCGAACGUGAUGAUGGAGUCAGGGAAAAGGAAUGCAGAUCUUGAAGAACGGGAUGCAAAAAUCAGGAAGUUAACAGAAGAAUUUGAAGAAAGCGACACAGAACUCGAGGAAUGUGACACAGAAAAUGAAAUAGGGGAACUCACAGCUGAGAUUGACAAUCUGACUGCGGAGCUUGAGGAACGUGAUAGAAAAAUUAGAAAACUUACUUCAGACCUUGGUGAAUGCGAUACAAAAAUCAAGGAGCGUGAUAGAAAAAUCACCAAGCUCUCAGCAGAAAUACGUAGGCUCACUGCGCUGCUUGGGGACCGAGACAAAAAGCUUCGGAAACUGACUGCAGAACUUGAAAAGUGUGAUGCAACGAUUAGAAUAUUCACGGUGGAACUUGGAGAACGUCAUACAAAAAUAGGGGAACUUACUGCAGAAGUCGGGGACUAUGAUAGGAAACUUCGGAAACACGCAGCAGAACUUGCGGAACGGGAUGAGAAAAUCAGGGAACAUAAAGCAGAGAUAAGGCGUCUUACCGAGCUGCUUGAGGAUCGUGAUUUGGAAGCCCGAAAACAGGAUGCCCUCAUUAGAAAAUUGACCGAAGAGCUCGAGGAAUUAAAAGGUCUGGAAGCUGAUGAAUCCUCUGAGGACCUUGAGGAGAGUGAUCUAGAGAGGGAUGAACUCACAGAAGAACUUGAAACCUGUGGUUUUUCUUUCCGUCAAGAUGAAGUCACUGAAGAACUUGGGGAACGUGAUAAAAAAAUAGAGGAACUCACUGAAGAGCUUGCCAAGCAGACUGCACAUAUCGGUGAACUCACUACAGAGCUGGGGGAACGUGAUGCCAAAAUCGAUGAACUGUCUGCAGAAAUGGAAAAACGCGAUAGCCAAAUUGACGAACUCACUGCAGAGCUUGAGGAAUACAAAGCAAAAAUGAGAAAAUGCAUGGAAGAGCACAGGAAAGAGGAAGAAAAAUUGGCAAACGUGACGCUGGACCCCGAGACGGCCCACCCUCGCCUCAUCCUGUCCAAGGACCAGAAGAGCGUGCGAUGGGAAUACAUGCUACAGGAGUCGCCCGACAGCCCCGAGCGCUUCGACGCCGAUCCCUGCGUGCUGGGUUGCGAAGCCUUCACCUCUGGGCGCCACUACUGGGUGGUGGAUCUGGCAGAAGGGCAGUACUGCGCCGUCGGGGUCAGCAGAGAGUCUCUGCCGAGGAAGGGACCCGUCAGCUUUAAUCCCGAAGAAGGGAUCUGGGCCGUGCAGCAAUGGGGAUUCAAGAACCGAGCCCUUACCUCCCCUCCAACCCUCCUGAACCUGCCACGGGUCCCCAAAAAGAUCCGCAUCUCUCUAGACUACGAGUGGGGUGAGGUGGCGUUUUUUGACGUUGAGAACAAAGUCCCCAUCUUCACUUUUCCUCCAGCCUCCUUCGCCGGGGAGCGGAUCCGGCCUUGGUUCUGGGUGGAGCUGGGCUCCCUCUCUCUGGUCCGAUGACCCUCACCUUCCUGGUUCGUCUUGCCAUGAAGCUCCCAGUGAGGUACUGGGAGCCCUAAAAGUCGUGGGGAGGUCAAACCAGUGCUUGAGAUCAUUGUGGGGCCAGCUGUGAUGGGAGGCGGACAAUUAGGGACAUCACCAAAGCCACUGGAGCCUGGGGGAAGCGUGGUCUUCACCUUUCGCUUCAUCUCACUGCACUUUAACAGCACUGAUGAAUUCCUCUUUAAUGUCUGCUUGUUCUUAGCCACCUGUAAAAAAAAUAAAAUUAAACUAAAUCUUGUCUUUUGCCCCAUCAUGGGAUGGGCAACUGGUAGGUCCCAGCUCACAAUAAACCACUUGAGACUCUC